CGCGGUGCGGGCGCAGAGCCGCGCGGCGCAACCGCGACUUUGCUUCUGGUUGGUAGCCUUUACCUACCGGGGUCCCGCACCGCAGCCUUCCGCAUUCAGGGGCUUGGAUCUCCUCUCCCAGACGGAAAAAGCCUAGCUCCCCUCUUCCUGGAGCUCUUGUCUCCUGCCCCCCAGAGUCCAGCUUUCCAGCCUCCGUUUCCAGGACACCGGCACCCCGGAUCUUUGCCUCCCGGAUCUGCGCUACCCGGACGUGGCCUCUUGAGGACCUCUGUCACUUGGACCCCUUCAGCCUUCCAGAGCCAAAGACCCCCCCUCCCACCUCCCGUCCCAACCCGAUAAACUCCUGUAUUCCCAUCCCUAGGACCGAGCACCCUAGGUGCUCCCAGCUUUUGGGCGCAGGACCCAACCCGGGGUGCUCCCAGCUUCGGGAUCUCAGACACUCCAGCUUCCAAGAGCCAAAGAACCCAGGAGUUGGGAACUCCCAACUCCAAGGAACCUUCCAAAGUUCCAGCCUCCAAGCUGGGUUGCAGAACUCUCCACCCGUCAUCAACGUCGGCGUUCCGGGAAGGAGCCCCAGUGACCCCAGCUUCCAGGCGCUAAGAACUCCGGGCGCGUUCGUUCCAACAUGGUGGCCGAUACCCCUUGCGGAGACCCCAAGGCGUUGGAAGCGGCCGCGCCCAAGGCCAACAGCGCCCCGAUGUUGCUCCCGAAAGAGGACCCAGACUCGGCGGGCGGCCGCUUCUGCGGUUCCCGGGAGCGGGUGCGCCGCUGCCUUCGCGCCAACCUGCUGGUGCUGCUGACCGGGGCGGCCGUGCUGGCGGGCGUGGCGCUGGGCCUGGGGGUCUCUCGGGCCGGGGGCGCGCGCGCGCUGGGCCCCGAGCGCCUGGCCGCCUUCACCUUCCCCGGCGAGCUGCUGCUGCGCCUGCUGAAGAUGAUCAUCUUGCCGCUGGUGGUGUGCAGCCUGAUCGGCGGCGCCGCCAGCCUGGACUCGAGCGCGCUCGGCCGCCUGGGCGCCUGGGCGCUGCUCUUUUUCCUGGUCACCACGCUGCUGGCGUCGGCGCUCGGCGUGGGCUUGGCGCUGGCGCUGCGGCCGGGCGCCACCUUCGCCUCCAUCAACGCCUCGGUCGUCGCCGCGGGCCCCGUGGAAGAAGCACCCAGCAAGGGAGUCCUCGAUUCGUUUCUGGAUCUCGUGAGAAAUAUCUUCCCCUCCAACCUGGUGUCCGCAGCCUUCCGCUCAUACAGUACCACCUAUGGAAGCGAAUGGAUCAACGGAACCAUGGUGAAGGUGCCCAUCGGGAUCGAGGUGGAGAGUAUGAACAUCCUGGGUCUGGUGGUCUUCGCCAUCGUCUUUGGCGUGGCCCUGCGGAAGCUGGGGCCUGAGGGAGAGCUGCUCAUCCGCUUCUUCAACUCCUUCAAUGAUGCCACCAUGGUGCUGGUGUCCUGGAUCAUGUGGUAUGCCCCUGUGGGCAUCUUGUUCCUGGUGGCUGGCAAGAUCUUGGAGAUGGAGGACGUGUGGCUGCUCUUCACCACCCUUGGCAAAUACAUCCUGUGCUGCCUGCUGGGCCACGCCAUCCAUGGGCUUCUGGUGCUGCCUCUCAUCUACUUCUUCUUCACCCGCAAAAACCCCUACCGCUUCCUGUGGGGCAUCAUGACACCGCUGGCCACUGCCUUCGGGACCUCAUCUAGCUCAGCCACGCUGCCCCUGAUGAUGAAGUGCGUGGAGGAGAGGAAUGGUGUCGCCAGGCACAUCAGCCGCUUCAUCCUGCCCAUCGGUGCCACCGUCAACAUGGAUGGUGCGGCGCUUUUCCAGUGCGUGGCCGCCGUGUUUAUUGCACAGCUCAACCAGCAGUCCCUGGACUUUGUGAAGAUCAUCACCAUCCUGGUCACCGCCACAGCGUCCAGCGUGGGUGCCGCGGGCAUUCCGGCUGGAGGUGUCCUCACUCUGGCCAUCAUCCUGGAGGCAGUCAACCUGCCAGUUAACGACAUCUCCUUGAUCUUGGCUGUGGACUGGCUAGUGGACCGGUCCUGCACAGUCCUCAAUGUGGAAGGUGAUGCCUUUGGGGCAGGACUCCUCCAGAGUUACGUCGAUCGCACAGAGCUGCGGAGUUCGGUGCCAGAAUUGAUCCAAGUGAAGAGUGAGGUGCCAUUGGCUCCACUGCCCACCCCCACUGAGGAGGGGAACCCCCUCCUCAAACACCGCCUGGGAUCUGCUGGGCAUGCGGACCCCUGCGAGAAGGAGUCGGUUAUGUAAACCCCGUGGGGACCUAGCCUGCCCUGUUGGGGGCACUCUGGACAUCGGGAUUGUGAACCGGGCUCUAGAGGCCCUGCCUGCACACUUGAGCGUUCCAGGGGUCCCGGCCUCUCUCCCCAACACCAGAUCCGGGAGGCCUCGAUGUUGGGGUACAGGUGUGUGUGUGCGUGCGUGCGUGUGUGUGUGUGUGUGUGUGUGUGUGUGUGUUUUGUGACUCCAUGGAACACCCCGCCCUGUCCCCCAGGCCUGCUGUUCCUUCCAAACACUCCUGGGGACCCUGCCGGGGUGGGGGAGACUGAGGACAAACACUGCCAUCACUCCAAAAGACAUUUUUUUAUAGCAACAAAAUUGUAUCUCAUCAGAUGUUCUUAAGACCCAAAGCAUGAAUCACACAGAAAGCAACCAAACACGAUAAAUCAGACUUCACCGAAAUAAGUUCUCUGUUCGUCAAAAAAACGCCACCGGAGGGGCGCCUGGGUGGCUCAGUCGGUUAUGUUAAGAUCUUGCAAACGCUCCAUAUCUUGACCCGGGUGAUGCUUACACAGACGUAUACAUUUAGGCACGCUCGCCUGCACACUCAAGACGUGCACAAGUUUACCCACGUGUAACAAACAUCUUGCCGUUGAAAAUUUCUUGCAGCUCCUGGGAAGAGACUGACUUUCUGUUGAGCCACUUACAGGCAUUUCCUGGAUACUUGAACUCUAUCCAGUAGCGGCAGUAAUGACUGGCUCCUCCCCCCCUUUUGUAUUUAACGCAGAAUUUGCUAUUUGAAUAAAGAAAACCGUGCCGGGC